AAGCAAAUCGCGAACUUGGCCAUCGGAAAAUGUGAGCUGCGAAAUGAACAAUUGUGCGAUAAGCUUCGAAAAACGUCUGAAACUAUCGCAACUCGAAAGUUCAGUUGUACAUAUCAGCUGUCAUACCGUUGUUUGCUCUCCUGGUUCUUGUGCUGAUGUCGGACUGACCUUUCAGCUCCCUUGCUUUUACGUUUUUGGUCUCGCGUCAGCCGAACUUAACAGUGAUGAUAUUUUAUCAAACGAAUAAAUUGUACAUUUUAUCCGCUGGGAAGUGACUUGAUUGACUUCGGUUAUAGGAAGGUAUGUUACGGAACUAUUUUAUGGAAAUUUUGCUGGCUUAUAAACUUUGCACUCGCCAAUCAUAAGCUCAGUAUGACGUACAAAUAUAUCGCUCCAAAAAACAAGCAAGACAAAACAGGCAAGAUCUCAACAACAACACUUGGAGGGAUGUGGCGCCGUGUUUUUUUUUACCAGCUUCAAUGGUAAGGUUAUUUUAUAUUGUACACCUAUUUCUACAAUUUGAAGACCACACAACGUUUCUCAUGUACUGUUGUAUACAAACUUCAUUAGACCUUUGAUCUGAAGACCUGAGAGAUGAUAAUAAGAUUAACCUUUAAAACACAUGAAGAAUGAAGAGUGUUUCUGCAAUGUGCAGUCACAGUCCUGCACGUGUCAACGUAUCACGUUGUAACUAGUCUCUACCAUUAACUUUGCAAACAAUUGUUUUCACCUCAGUGCCUCAAGUACCAGAGAUGCGUAAAUCGUUUCUUCUGUUAAAGAGCACCAAAUUUUUUGCCUCAUUAGAGCUCUUUCUUUAAUCAAGGUAUUUAAUACUUGCUUUUAUCAACUGAGUCGAUGAUGUGAAUUUUCACCCAAGAGCCAUUCUAAAGAAGAUGUUUCUCGAGCGUUCGCCUUUGUCAGCCAAGUCACGUUCUCAACUCAGUUUAUUAAAAACCGAUUAAUCUGAUUACGUAAUCAUUUGUGUCCGUGUGCUCCCCUCGAGGGUCCCAUUUUCUGUUUUUGUUUUUGAUCUUGACUUUAGCAUAACAUUGAAUAAUUAAAUGGUGCCUUAUCCAAGUGGUAUUUUGAUUAAAAUAAGAGAUAACAUUUUUUUAUCACAUCCUUUAGUGCGUCUUUGUUUGAAUAAACGGAUUACUAAUCAAUAAGUUGCAUAGGCUAUAAACAGUCUCAAAUCUAACAAGAAGGAGUCGAAUGAUCACUUUUAUCUCAAAAGAUUUGAAACUUCUUUUCAAUUUUGCAUAAAAUUAAAGUUUACAAAAUCAGGUAGUUCCCUCGAAGAAUGUUGUAGAAAAGAUAGUGUUUAUCUUUAUUUUCCAUGGUUAUAACCAUUUAUCUUGGUUUUGCACGUUAGACUAAGGUAACAAAGUAUAUGCCACGUUGUAUGCAGUGCACCCGUAAUUCUUAUCUAAUUCCAAAUGAGCCACCACGGUUUUUUAUAUAUAUUGACGUGUGCAGUUUCACUUUGCUGAAAAGUUUCCGUAGAAUUUGGCCUCGAGGCUUCAAAAUUUUACAUAUUGUUUUUCUGUCCGUGGCGAUCGAGACAUACCCUUGGCGCCUAAAAUGAUAAUUCAAUAUAACAAACGAGAAUCUUUUAAAAAACAAUGAAUGAAUAGGCUCUUUCAAGCGACGAAAAUAGCUUUGGAUACUCAGACGAUACAAGCGAACUAAGCAUGAACCAAUUGUUAAAUAUCAGACGAUAGUUCACGUGGUAUCAUCUUCAUCAAUGAGCGUUUGUCUGUUGUUUUAAAAUCAAGCUACCCUAACGCUCCAGACAGUUCAGCUUGGUCGGCGACGGAGUGAACUACAACAGACUAUCUCAGCUCGCAAUCCAGUUUUGAGAAUCAAGUGGUUUAUCCUCAACAUGUCUCUUUCAAAGCAGGUUAGUGAAUUCUUGAAACCAAGUAAAGAGUGUCAAACUUACCUCGGUAACAAAGAAUAGGGAAGAAUCGUCAGGACGCAAGUUGGUAUGCCACACCCAAAACAUCAUCGAACACUGACAUCAUCGAACACUUAAAUCUAAUAUUAUAGUGAAGCAAUGAUCCUAGCAAGUGAGCUGUAACUUUAGAAAUUGCAGGAAAGAAUCUUGAAAAUAUUAGACUUCGACAGGAUUCAAACCUGUGCUGCUCAGAUACUAGUUGGGCGCGGCAUGCUACUAAACAACUAGCGAUCGAUACGUUGGGAGCAAUGGAAACUUUUGAGAGUUUUCUUUCCCAUGGAAAAUUUUGAACUUCAUCUUAAUGAAAUGAAUUUAUUCACCUGCGGAUGAAAAUCAAGGAAAACAAUAAUCCUCACAGGUGAGCCCUUUUUGAUUGUUCCAGCCUGUUUUCAAGUAGAAUUGGCAAAUGUUGAGGGCACAAAACUUCAUCUUCGGUAUUGGCCAUUAUCUAUCGACUAAGGGUAGGAGUCGAAGUAUUUUGGUUGAUUCAGGUAAUAUUCUUUUGACCUCCUACAUGAGCCCCCCCAUCAUUGCUGUUAACUUCCAGUCAGUUUUGUGUAGCUCCCUCUUUAUACUUAUGUAUAUCAUUAAUGAAACCACGCCGGAAAAAAAAUUUGCUAGGCAAAGAUAAAUGAUAGGCUGAACUUGAUCGCUUUAUUUAGCCAGUUCAAAUAGUUACUAAAACAGAUCAUGCCCCACAGACCACAGACAGAAAAAUGCCGUCGUAGUGUGUCGCUAUACAAGCUAAUCAACCUGCCUUCAUUUAUCAGUUAUGGCUUUUAAUUCAUUCUGCAUGUCUCAAGCUUCCAACUCAACUCGAAGCUAAAUUCAGUGCAGUGUUUGAUUCCUAAAGCAGUAAAAUAUUGCAGCACAAGGAAAUAUUUUAAAAGAAGGCCAAAGACUACGACAAUUAUGUAGAGAGCCAAAUGGUGUGAGGCUCAUGAUGGACGGGAAAUGGGCGUGCCGGCGCAUUAAUUUACUUCUUGUAUCCCAAAAGUCCCCCAACUACUUUUUUUUUGGUUAUUUUUGUGUAUUUUUACUUUAUUUUUGAAAUAUAUCUAUAACCUUGCGCUUGCUCUGGGUAUAGUAUUUUAAAACAAAGUGUAUUCAGUGUUAUUAACAUAAUUACGUUUAAGUAAAUUGUUUUUAUUCAAAAUUUCAAUGUCACGCGCAACCCAAAUUUAUUCAGAAAUACUUUACAUAAUGCUUAUAAAUGCCCAUUUCCCAUUUGUCACUGAGUGUUCUAAUACACCGAAAUGCACUAGCCCAGUAAAUAUUUUUAAAAAAUCUUUAUAUAAUAUAUAAUAAGGAACGCAACCGACCGUAAUGCACUUGUUAAUAACAAUAAAUUAAAGAAAACAAAAUUCUUAAAAACCAUGUAAAGUGAGUUUAAUAAAAAACAAGUUCCUUUUCCAAGAACAAAGAAAAAUGUGCUUACAAGAGAAGAAAUUAUGUCAAACUUAAAUUUAGUACCUUUACCAAGAACAAACAUUUUGCGGAAAACCCCGUAACUUUGAGAAGAACAAAACAUUCAAAGAAAAAACUUACACCUUUACCAAGAUAAAUAGUUUACUACAAAACAAAAUAAAAGAAUAUGCAAGUUCUCCUGAAAAUUUAGUGAAAAAUCUUGAACUGUCACAAUAUAAAUACACUCCAGAUGCAAUUUUAACACACAAGGGCAUUUACCCAUAUGAAUAUAUGUAUAGUUUUGAAAGAUUCCCACCUAAAGGAAAAUUUUAUAGUACACUAAGUGAAUAUAGUAUUACCGAUGAAGAAUUUAUAUUUGCAUUUCAUGUUUACAAAAAAUAUGAAUGUACAAUUAUUGGUGAAUAUCAUGAUAUAUAUUUGAAAACUGACAUUUCCUCACUUACAGAUGUUUCUAAGAAUUUCAGGAGUACGUGCCUUAAAUACUAUGGUUUAGAUCCAUCACCUUAUCUUUCCGCACCUAAUUUUGCCUUCGAUGCAAUGCUUAAAAGACGAAUGUUAAACUCGAGUUGAUUGGUAAUAUUGAAAUAGAAAAAACUAGUCAAAAAAUGAUGGUGGGUGACAUAGGCAAUCUUGCACAUCGACUUGCAAAAGCGAAUAAUAAAUAUUUCGUUAAUUUUAACGAAAACGAAGAUUCUUCUCGUAUUAUUUAUCUUGAUGCAGAUAAUCUUUAUGGAUGGACACUGAUUCAACCAUUGCCAGCGGGUAAUUUAAGUUUUGUCCAUCCAUCAAAAUUUAAAAUUAAUAAUUAUGUUGAUAAAGGUGCUAUUAUUGAAUGUGAUCCUGUUUUCAUUAAACAUAUAUCCUUUAACUGCUAGCUUUCGGCCCUCUUGGCACUGUUCGCAAAAAAAAAUUUACGUACAAAAGACUAAGCUAAAUUCAAGAUAGUUUAACGGUUCUGUUAACAACGGUUCUGUUAACAACGGUUAAACUUUGUUUAAAUAACAGUCCCAUUGUUUUUAAGAGUUUAUUUGGCUAACGCAUUUCACUUUAUCAUUAAAACACUCAAAGAUGAAUGGGAAAUGGGCGUCAAUAAGCAUUAUCAAAUGUAUUUUUGAAUGAAGUUGCAUUGCGCGUGACACAAGAAUUUUGUUCACAGUUCACAGCUCACAGUUCAUUAAAAUAUAACUUCUGUUAAUAAACUAGCUGCGCGUGGCACAUUUAAAAACACUGAAUACAAUUGGUACAAAAUAAUGUACCCAGAGCAUUCGAAAGUUUACAAUAAUAUUUUGAAAAUGACAAAAAAUCACAGAAAAUGUAAUUAGAGAAACAAGAAGUAAAUUAGUACGCCAGCAUGCCCAUUUCCCAUUAAUCAGGCGCACUGAGUUAAUUUGAUGUGGCGUAAGCUGUGCAGUAGGAGUAGAAAUCAAUAAUUUCUAUUGUAAUGCGCAUGCGCUGGCAGUUAAUUAAAAUCAGCUUGGGUCUUUGAAUUAUCAAUGUCAGUAGAAAAUAGUCGUUUCUUUCCUUUUUACUUAUUCAGGUCAUUCUAAAAGACAUGAAUUUGAAAUUUGAAAUGAAGGGUAGUGUCAAUGGACAUUACUUUGAGAUCGAAGGUGAAGGAAAAGGAAAGCCUUACGAGUAAGUGUCUCUUAAAAGACAGACCACGAUGAAUUAUUUCAUUAUCAUGUAUUAAGAUUUAUUUUUAAACACAGAGUUGAUAAGAUCAAAGUGCAGUCGUCACAUAGGGGCCUGAUAUCAAAAGUAUAAAUGAUUUUGGGAAAUUAUCAAAAAUGAAUAAGGACUUUUUUGAAAAGCAAAGUGAACAAGAUCAAAGAUUCAUAUGAAGAUUUUCAGCAAAAACUAUGUCUUGUUUUUAUUCGAGUUUGCAAAUUACCUACGGUCUAUUACAGUAACGUUUUCAUCAGCUCCCAUGAUCAGGUGAGGUGUAAUGGCUGCUGCAGAGCUCAGUCACAGCUAAAUUCAUUUGUGAUACAAAUUACCAACAGUCUAUGAUAUCGACCGAUUCUUCAUCUGCUUCCAGAACCAAGCGAAGUGUAAAGCUACUUCAAAUUAUCGUAUAAAAGCUCAGUCACAGCUAAAUUGAUUUGCGAUACUUUUUUAGGUCAUACAUGAGCUGUUUCUGAAAAUAAUUUCCAACACUUUUAUCAUCUUAUUUUAGAGGAGUACAGAAGUCCACUUUUUGGGUCACCAAGGGAGGACCCCUUCCAUUUUCCUUUGACAUACUGUCGACAGUGUUCAAAUAUGGAAACAGAUGCUUUACUAAGUAUCCUGCCGACAUGCCUGACUAUUUCAAACAAGCAUUUCCUGCUGGAAUGUCAUUUGAAAGGACAUUUACAUAUGAGGAUGGAGGAGUUGCUACAGCCAGUGGACACAUUUGGUAUAAAAGUGAUGAUUAGUAUCGGAUUGACACAAUAAUCUUUAAAAUUGAUCUUCAAGGUCCUUUUUUUACACGGAGAAGGGAGCGCCCUUUUUGAAAGUGUAACUUAGGUGUGAUUCUCCCCAGAACGUUUCUUGUCUAGCUACAGGAGAACAAACAUACACAAAAGGCAUAAUGACCAGAGAAUAUGCAGACUGCUAAAUUUUGAAAUAGGCAUCUGUGAGAAAAUGGAUUAAGUUUGAAAAAUGUCGUAGCAUUAUUCUACAGAGUUCAUUGCACUCUAGAUAUGUGACACAGUUACAAGAGUAAUUUUACGUAUUUUAAUUGAUAUCUCAAAUUUUCUUAAUUAUACAGUCUUGAGGGAAAUUGGUUUAAGCACAUAUCCAUGUUUCAUGGCGUUAACUUUCCCGCUAACGGACCCAUAAUGCAAAAGAGGACAAUUGGCUGGGACCCUUCCUUUGAGAAAAUGACUGUUUCCAACAACAUAUUGAGAGGUGAUGUAACUAUGUUCCUACAACUCAAAGGAGGCGGUUAUCACAGUUGCCAGUUUCACACUUCUUACAAGUAAGUAUUCUGUCUCUGAAAGAGCUCCAACGGUUGAACAUCAUUCCUUUUGAGCAUUUGGAUCUCAUCUUCUGUGUUUUACGGGAUAAAAGCAACCGAAGAGAACCCUGAGAUGAAAAAGGCCUUGAGAAAACGGCUUAAUACUAAUUUCCCUUGUCGAUAAAAUAUUUGGGAUGGAAUAAGAUUCUCCACAAGAUACUCAUAGUUAUCUAUUAUAAUAUCCUUUAAAGCUUAGAACGUUCCCUUCCCUGUAUUUCUUAGUAAAAGAUGUUCGGGGGAAAAUAGUCAUUAUUUAUACAAGUAAUUGCUGAACUUCACUGUGCCAAAAGCAAAGUUCAAAAGCAUUGAUGUUCAUAAAACAAGUGAAAAACCCAACGCUGAUAGGUAACGUAAAACACAUAUUUUGUAUUUUCAUAAGUAUUCUUUUCCUUUUGCACAGAACAAAGGAGCCGGUCACGCUGCCUCAGAACCACGUCGUAGAACAUCACAUUGUGAGGACCGACAUUGAAGACAAAAAGGUCCUGCUGGAAGAAACUGCUGUGGCUCAUGUUAACCCUUUGUAA